AUGAACCCCGUCAAUGAGGAGCCAACUAGGCUGCUUCCUACGGCAAAGCUCCAUUGCCAAGCGGAAGACUUCCAUUUGAGAAUCCCGUCAACUAUAGCUCGCGGCAGUCAAAUCAUAGCGAACGUGGUCACCGUCUCGCUGAGCUUAGGCGACGCUAUAGGCCGCGGAGAAGCUGUUCCUUCGGAGCGUUAUGGGGAAUCGGUGGACAGUGUCAUCGCUACCAUUGAAAAGGUGGCGCCUUUAAUCGAGAAUAAUCCAGAUCGAGCGUUUCUGCAGGAGCUAUUGCCUGCGGGCGCAGCUAGAAAUGCCAUCGACUGCGCCCUCUGGGAUCUCGAGGCCAAGUACACCGGUGUCCCGGCCUUCAAACGGGCCGGCCUCUCCACGCCUAAGCCUGUCACCACAGCCGUCACCAUCUUCCUCGACAGCCCCGCUGCCAUGGCCGCCAGUGCCGCACGCGAAGCCGCGCGACCUCUGCUCAAAGUCAAAUUUGGCGGCAAGGACGACGAGGUACGACUUCGAGCAGUACGGGCGGCCGCCCCAGCCGCGACACUUAUCGUUGACGCCAACGAAUCCUGGAACGUCGAAGAUAUGCCCGCGCUGUUGGCCAUCUGUGCUGAUGUCGGCGUCAAGGUGGUUGAGCAGCCUCUUCCCGUCGGUGCCGAUGACGCGCUGCGCGAUUUUAAGCAUUCGAUUCCCAUUUACGCCGACGAGAGCGUACACGACCGAAACGGCCUGGCAGAGUUGCGCGAUCGAUACGAUGGAGUCAAUAUAAAAUUCGACAAGACGGGCGGCUUGACUGAAGCUUUGCUGCUGGUGAAAGAGGCAAAGAACCUGGGAUUCGGCAUCAUGGUGGGCUGCAGGGCCUGUAGCUCGCUGGCAAUCGCGCCAUCGCUGCUCAUUGCUGAGUAUUGCGACUAUAUUGAUCUUGAUGGUGUCUUGCCGCUGGUAAGUGACCGACAAGAUGGGUUGGUGUAUGAAGGGUCAAUGAUCCAUCCUGCGACCUCAUCGCUCUGGGGUUAG